UCACGUGAGGACGUAUGACGACAUGAGCUAACCUGUGAUACUCUGCUGAAAGCACUUAAAGGAAACCACAGCAGCAGCAGUAACAAAAGCAGGUUAACUAGUAAAAUAAUAGAAGUAACCUGUUUAUCACCUUUUUAAAGAACAAGACAAGGCGCUGUGUGUGGCGCUGCUGGCCGCUGAUUUUACCCAGAAACAGCCAAAAUGACGGCGGCGGUGUUUUUCGGCUGCACCUUCAUCGCCUUCGGCCCGGCCAUCGCUCUGUUCCUGUUUACCAUCGCCCGGGAGCCGCUGAGGGUCAUUUUCCUCAUAGCAGGAGCGUUUUUCUGGCUGGUGUCUCUGCUGCUGUCGUCUCUCGUCUGGUUCAUCUCGGUUCAGAUCAGUAACAAAGAGAGCGCAUCGCAGCAGAAAGGUCUGCUCAUCUUCGGCGUGGUGCUGUCCGUCCUGCUGCAGGAAACCUUCCGCUUUGCUUACUACAAGCUGCUGAAGAAAGCCAAUGAAGGCCUCCUCACUCUCAGUCAGGAGGAGACCAUGCCCAUCUCCAUACGGCAGCUGGCCUACGUGUCCGGCCUCGGCUUCGGCUUCAUGAGCGGAGCGUUCUCCGUGGUGAACAUCCUGGCUGACUCUGUGGGGCCGGGGACCAUCGGGAUCCACGGAGACUCACAGCACUACUUCCUGUCCUCAGCUUUCAUGACCAUGGCCAUCAUCCUCCUCCACAUGUUCUGGGGCGUCGUCUUCUUCGACGCCUGCGAGAAGCAGCGCUGGUGGGCGGUAGCUGCUGUCGUCAUCAGCCACCUCAUCGUUUCUUGUUUGACCUUCCAGAACCCGGAGUACGUCGCCAGCCUGGUUCCCACCUACGUCAUCUUGUUCCUGAUGGGCGUUUGGGCGUUUUACUCCGCCGGCGGCUCGCUCAGAAACCUUAAACUCUGCCUCACCUGCAAAGACAAGGACUUCCUGCUCGCCAACCACCGGCCCAGAUAACGCAGCACGCCAGGCAGCGUGCAGGACUCUCUAUCCAAAGAUCACCGAGUUCACACACACACACACACACACACUAAACACAGUUAAGGAGUGUUAACCCUCUGUUAAUCUGCUUUUUCACUUUACACCCACUGGGGUAUUUCAUCAUCUAAUGUCCACAAGAAAAAAAAAAACAAAACAGUUAAAAGCAGUGAGUGUUUCCCGGAGGAGAGACGCAAAGAUGGAGAUUAUUUUUUAUCUCUGACAGUGAUUCAUGUCUAGUUCAGAAGCUCAUUUUGUUUGUAUGGAUUUAAUUCAGAUCUGAUGAAAGCGUUUUAUUCAAAAAAUCCAAAAUGUUUGGGUAAUAACAAGGUGAACAAACUGGCAAAAGAUAUUUCAACUCAGUCUUUAAUUAUUAAACAUAUUCCAAUGUUUUCAACUCUUAUCAAAGCUCAUCAAAGCUUUCUUCUUUCAAAUGUGUCAUCUUUCAAAGGGUGGAUUUAUCAUUCAUGAACAAAACUCUUUGUGUAUAUAUUUAUGCAUUUUUAAUUCCCUGAUAUGUAGAUAGUCACAGGUUUUCACCUUUUUUUUUUCCAAGUUGUGAUGCAUCAUCUUUAGUCUUUGACUUUAAAUGAACACAGCAGCUGAGAGGAGACACGACUGGUAUUUAUUAUUAUUAUUUUAAUCCCAGUUAAUUUGAGAUCUUCAGGACAUGGUAUAGAUUAUGUCAUCAUGACUUGUUGUGGUGAAUUAUUUUGAUUCUAAACUGGACUAUUUAUCUGCUAAUUUGAAGGCUAAAAUGCUCAAAAUUUCCAUUUCAACAAAUGAAAUUUGCACAGUCAUGGACAUCACUAUGUUUUUUUAAAAUACUGUUCCAGCAGAUAAUCUGAAUGUCAGCACAGUGAUCACAAGUUUUGUCUCAUUCUGAGAGGCAAGACGUUCAAACUGGCAGUGAAGAUAAAGUGGAAACAAGCAGAAGAGGAAUUAAAAAAUUGGAAUUGGUCAAGAAUUCAGAUUUUACCUUUGAAAGGCUCCGACACCUGCAGCUUCUGUCAUUUACCUGACAGAAAAUUAGCUUUUUUAUGAUGAUUGGGAAAAGAUAAAUGUUUAAUAUCUCCAGGUAAGAAGAUAAUAAAGUCUUUAUCUAAAGGUACCCAGAGUCAAAUAAAAGCUCUUGGCUUCUUUUCAGAUUAGCAGACGGUUUUUUGUACUUUGUUUUUCCUCACCAUUAUAAAUAAUAUACACCAUCAUAAACUCAUAAAUAAGAACAUAAGCUGAUGAAGGUGAUCUUUGAAUGUUCGAUUUCUUUGUUGCCUUUUUUUUUUAUGUUUUAGCUGUUUGUGAGCGAGCGCAGGAGUUGAUGUGACAUGUUAGUCAUUCCAAACAACGAAUGUUUUUCCUUUUGCACCUGAUUUUUGUUGUUUUUGUGUGUCGUCGUCCUACUUGUACAGUUUGUGUCGGUUACAAUCUGCCGUGUUUUUUAAAUGAGGAUCGGCCGAGUUUUAGCGACUAGUUGUGUGUUCAGCGUGUCUUCGGGCUGACGAUUAACUCCAGACGGAAUUGAAUUUGAAGUGUUAACACACGUAAAAAUUGAUAUAUGAUUGAAGAGAAGUGGCAUAUAUAUGUAUAUGUGGCGUGUGUGCAGGCUAGUUGUUGAUCAUUUUUCCCACAAUACAUCAGUGAAUGAUUGAUGUGGAUCUUGUAUCUUUGGUUAACUUUACCAGAUGCACUCCAAAUAUUUACAUCUUAAUUUAAAGAACAAAUAGACCUCUGAGUUUGCUGAUCUUGUUGUCAUAUUAAACAAAACCUAGUAAAAAACCACCUAAUUCUGGUUAGUUUGGACUUAAACCUUCACUUUCCAUACCCUCAUUUCCCAUCAUUCUCGGGGGCUCGUCCAUGCUGAUCACACAACCUGCGUCUUUAAACUCCACACAGUUUGACCACUUUGAUUUUUAGGCUGUUAAAGGAUCAUUCCAGUCAUCUUUGGUUGUUCAAUUCUUAAAUAAAUCAGAUUUUUUUUGGUGUUUUGGUUUCUCCUCAUGUUUUUACUUAGACAUGAAUGCCUGAGAAUAAACAGGAAGUAUGUAAGAAAUGCAUGUACUGUAAAUAUCAAACUGACUGUUGUAACUGAAUUUUUAUGAUAAUUGAUCAGUUACCUAAAUUGAUUUAACUGCAGAGUGAAUUUUGUUGGUUUUUUUUUAAAAAUCAAGAUUGAAUAAAGAAAAAGUUAAAAUAA